CGAAGAUACCGUUUAUCGACAGUAUGUGAGUGUUUCAUCCUUGAGCCUUGCUCACCAACGAUACCACCGAUCCAUCAAUAGGAGAAUGUGAGUAUACCGAUCCUCAACGGAGGGAGACGAUUUUCAACUUUCCUUCGUGAUUUCACCAGCUUUCGUUCGAUCAACGUGCAGAGAUGCAAUCUAAGAUACUCUCUGUGGUAUGUCCAGUUGGUCACAGAUGAACACACAAUCCUCAUGUUGGAAAUACGCCAGGCCUCUGGCUCAUCACCAUUGGAGACAACUGUUCAGCUCAGUUCUGGUAAAUUUUCAGGCGACGUUUCAAUGAGCCGGCUUAUCAUUGAUCUUUCAGCUGCUAUCAUUAUUUUCGAACACUCCUUCUACAUUCUCGACCAGCGGCUUAAUCCUCAGGACCAGAAAGAGGCUGUUCCCUCUUUUUACAUUGCUCUUGAGCAGUACUUGACGUCUCCACAUGCAACUGCUGUCGCAGAAGCUGUGAGCACUGCUGUCGCGAAAGCUGUGGGCACUACCGUCCACGCAAAGCAAAUGCCUGCUUGGAAAGCAAAGCUGUUGUUUGGACUCUUGCGGAGGAAGGCAAAACGCUCUAUUGAACCCUCACGGGAGAGGGAUUACUCUCAACAGAAGGAUUACUCUCAAAAGAAGGCGGAGUUAAUUGAAAGGGUUUAUAAAAUCGUUUUAGAGCAUCGUCUACCAAGACCUUUGAUGCCAGGCAGUGCAUGACCACGUCAAUGAUGUUCGGAGUUGAGCUGAUGUAUUCUGGCGGCGAGUGCGAGUUUCUAGGGUUGUCUGGCGAGGGCGGUUCAACUUCUGAAGGGUGUAGCACUGUAUCAAAUUUGUACAAUCAUGCAAUAUGGCACUUUAUCUCUGGUAUGGUGUAUAAGUGCGUGAAGCAUGCUGGCCA